AUGAAGGUGUUUGUUUUGUUUGUUGCUGUGGCUGUAGCAGCAUGGCAAUGCCAUGGUGCAGACGGAGACCGUGACCAUGGCGUAGACUUCCAAAUUUUCCCACUCCGAAUGAAAUCUGGCCUCGGUGGCCACUACAUUCCGGAGAUUUCAUGCCAAAGUUGGAGGCUUGGUGUGGAAGCACAUAACAUCAUUGGCUUCUCAUCUGUUCCUGCAGACUGCGUAGGAUAUAUAGGGAACUACCUUAUAGGCGAGCAAUAUAGAUCAGACUCCAAAACUGUGUGCCGUGAAGCUUAUUUUUAUGUCAAAACCCUAAACAUCACUGACAGAGACGCAUGGGUGUUUGAUAUAGACGAGACUACACUCUCUGAUCUCCCAUAUUUUGCUGAUCAUGGAUUUGGGGCGGAACCAUUUAAUUCAACGGCGUAUAAUGCCUGGGUUUAUCUUGGGGUUGCACCAGCACUGCCUGAGAGUCUGAAACUGUACAGGAAAUUGGUAACUCUUGGCAUCAAGAUUAUCUUCUUGACAGGAAGAACACAGGCUCAACAUGAGGUAACAGCUGCAAACUUAAAGCAAGCUGGAUACUACAAAUGGGAAAAGUUAAUUACCAAGGAUACAACAAUAUACAAUGGUAAGACAGCACUAACAUACAAAUCAACAGAGAGAAAGAAGGUGGAGGAAGAGGGAUACAAGAUCAUUGGAAACAUUGGAGACCAAUGGAGUGAUAUUCUGGGAACCAACACAGGCGCUAGAACCUUUAAGCUUCCUGAUCCCAUGUACUACCUUAGUUAA